UAUGAUUUAUUAGAAAUAUGGAAACCAGUGAACUAGAUUUCUCUUGUGAGAACAUUGGUGUUAAUUUAAGGAAUCAAGACAUCAACAGUGAAAUGGACGAUGAAAAUAGAUUUGAAAUGUAUAUUACACCAUAUAAUGAUGGGACACCUGACAGUUUGAAUGACUCUGACAGUGGAUGUGUGUUCAAUUCUCAUAAACCACAAACUUGGUCUGCAGAUGCUUUAUCUACAAAAAUGACAAAUAGUCGAAUUGCUAAUCAUUUUCAGAACAGUACUAUAACUGGUACUAAAAAUAAAAAUCAGUUUUCUAGUUAUUCGAAACUUUUAUACAAUAAAAUAAGAAAGCAACCAAAAGCUGUAUCAGGGAUGUGUAAUCAGAUGACAUCUGAAUUACUUCCCUUUCCAAUAUCACUUGUAAUGACUCAUCCAACAUUUGAAUUCAUGGAAAUAAGGCUACCUUUACUACACACUUUCACAGACUCAACAACGAGUACUACUCAUAUAGUUAUAGACGAACAUGGCCUUUUAGAAGGUCAGCAAUUUAAAUAUAAACAGCCAUUGUCUGAAAUAGAUAUUGUUAUUAGUCCAGCAAAUGAAACUUUACUUGAGGAGUUGAAAUAUAGCCUUACUAGUGAGGACUUUCAGCUUACAAUAAGACAACAUUGUUAUCGCAAUGAUCUUACUGGUACGGAAAAAGAUAAAAAUUUAUAUAAAAUGGCGGAAAAAGAGUGCUCGUUACUAUCAGCCCCUGACAAUAUUAAACAGGAUAUAAUAAUUCAGAAUCAAGAUGUGGUUGACAAUUUAAUGAAGAAAAGAAAUGACUUUUGCGGGGAACAUUUUUAUACCCUACCUCCUGGGAAACUUUUGAUUGGUCGAUCUUCAAGUGGUGAAUGGUUGAUUAGUUGUUCGCAGCCUAAUAAAACUGGUAAAUUCAAAGACACCAUGAUUCCAAAAUGGCCAAGAAAGGAAAAUAUACCUCAAGAAAAACUCUAUUCCGAUAGUUUACAAAAUAUUGAAAAAGAGAAGACUAAAGCUGCAUUAAGUACUAAGUCAAAGUCUCCUCAGAAAGACCCAUCAUCCAGUAGUUUCAUUUGUAUUGAAAAUCCUAGUUGUAUGACGAAAGAGAAUUUUCCCUGUUAUAAAGAAUCAGUAGUGAAAGAAAGUACAAAUAAGACAAAGAAUUACCAACCAACAAUAGAACAAGAAAACCCAACGGACACAAUUGUUACUUGUAUUCAACCAAUACCAGUAAUGAUGGUGUGUAAAGAAGGAGAGUCAUUGAAAGUUAUACAGGUACCAGUUAAAACAGAAAACCAGCUAGUUGAGGAAAAUAACAGUUACCACUCAAAUACAUGUGAAAGUAUUGAUAGUGAAGGGACAACUAAAGUGAAAGUAGAACCAGUUGAUACUGGUUAUGAUACAGGUCAGACAUGUGGUAAAGAAAUAGGAGAUGAGAAUUCUCCUCUGAUUAUGAGAUUUCCCAAUUUAAAACAGUUUGUUAGCCAUGAACAUGAUGAAAAGAAACAUACAUCAAACAGUGCAGAAUCUACAGUUGGCCACAAAAGAAAGUCACCAGAAGAUGACCAUCAGUAUAUUAAGAAAUGUAUUUCAGUUCCCUUACAAGCAGAUCUGAUUGCAUACAACAGUUCCCACUCAGAAGAAAAAGCUUGUACCAGUCUGUUAGAGGACAACUACUCUGAUUUGGAAGCAGAGGAGGAUUCAGAGACCAGUAGAAGUGGACAGGAACCCCUUGGUAUAAGAUUUCCUGUAAUGAAUGACAGGGAAAUAGAUGCCUUGAUGGACAUUGAAACAACAAGAGGUACAAAUAGGCAAACAAGAUGGGGAGUUAGUACAUUCAAGGAAUGGUUGAAACAAAGGGAAUUUGAUCCAAAUUUUGAAGAUUUAUCCGUAAAACUUCUUGAUGAAAGACUUGAAAAAUUUUAUGCUGAAUUAAGAACAGCUGAUGGUAAAUUAUACGCAACAAACUCAUUCCGAGGCAUCAGAGCUUCCAUUAACCGUCACCUGACUACUUACCCUUGUAAUAGGUCAUUAUCCUUAUUCACUGAUCAUGAAUUUCAUAAAUCAAACAAUGUCUUCAAAGCUAUGAUGCGGAAAAUAAAAAUGGAAGUUGUGAAGAAAACCUUACCACCCCCAAUUUCAGGAGAAGACAUGACAAAGUUAACAAGAUCACCAGUUUUAACCAUCAACACUCCAAAAGGAUUGCAGAACAAAGUGUGGCUUGAUUUGACUCUUAAUUUUACAUACAAAAAUUGUCUAAAACAACGUGAUUAUAGAACUCAUAUGUUUGUUUUUAAGACUGAUGACAAUGGAAUGGAAUAUGUAGAGAUAAAGGAUCCGAAUAGACAACCUGGUGAAGUCAGUCCAAAAAUGGUCGCAACUAGAGACAUUUAUUGUCCAGUUGCCUCCUUGAUGAAAUACUUAACAAAGCGUAAUAAAGCUUCUGAAGACUUCUUCCAACAACCUAGGUGUCAGAAAUCUAUGACUGAUGACAGUUGGUACACAUCACGUCCCUUAGGGGAAAGACAACUUGCAAAUAUGAUGAAGAAUAUCUCAAAAGAAGCAGGGCUUAGUCGUGUUUAUUCUAAUGUAGUGCUGAAGGAAACUAUAUUAAAUUCUUUACUUUACAUGCCUAUGCAACCUGACAAAGUACAGAAGUUCUUAGUUCAGUCUACACCUUUAUUUAUAUUUAAUUCAAAUGAGAAUAAUAUUAUUAACAUUUAAAUGAAAUAUUAAAUGAUUAUCAGAUA